AUGGCUUCUAGAAGUGAGGUGCCGGAUAGUGUGCGGCUGGUCUUGCCGAUGACCUCCUCCUCCGAUGAAUGGGACGUGGAGCUGAGCCCCGGGCGGAUUACGACUAAUAUUGUGGCACUUUAUGGGUUCGGCGCCCUAGUCCUGGUGCUGCCCUACUUCGUGGGCCCGUUCCAGCGCGGUUUCUGGUGUGAUGACGAGACGAUCCGCUACGAGUUCAAGCAGAACACCGUGUCCGCUUCAGCCCUUUUCGGUUUUGCCAUUGUCGUGGCGCUGGCUACGACCUUCUGGGGUGAGUUUGUCGUCCAGUCGUGGAUUGAGAAGCGCCGAAAAAGGUAUCGCCUCCGUAAUCGAUCCAUCCACUCGCUACUCGUCCAUAUUCUACGCGAAUUCGGCUACUCCCAGCUUGGAUUUAUCACUGUAUUAUGUCUCAUGCAGAGCACCAAAUUCUUGAUCGGACGCUUGAGGCCGCAUUUCCUGGCCGUGUGCGAGAUUGAGAACCUGGAGCAACUUUGCGAUAAGGACCACAAAUUCAUUCCGGUCGGCCAGUACAAGUGCUCGGCUACGAGUACGAAGGCUGUCCACGAGGCGCGACUCUCCUUCUUCUCUGGCCACUCGGCCAUCUCGGUCUAUGCCGCGUUUUAUGCGAUCCUCUACCUCCAAGCCAAACUCGGCCGCUACGAGCCGACGAAGAUCUUUGUCAGCCUGGCGCAGACGAUGCUAAUGUGCAUUUCACUCGCGAUCUGCUACACUCGAAUCACGGACAAUUGGCAUCACUGGAGUGACGUGUUGGUCGGCAUUUUUGUCGGCAUGGGAGUGGCUAUUUGGACGGCCGUCUUCUGGGCUCGCCUCUUCUCCGACGACACCACCGUCCCGCCGGCCCUUCCGGUCUAUAAAGCCCAGGAAAGACCGAUGAGACCAAAUGAUUCCGGAAACACUUCUGGCAUCGACUCGAUGCAUGAUGACAGCCCCCGACAACCCGGCCAACUACGCCUU